AUGGCUUAUCAGGCCGUGCUGCCCCCACAACACUAUGUGCUGUCAGCCCCCAAUUUUUCUCAGCAUUUGACCUUACCCAGCUUUCAACACCUUCAGAUUAAUAUGGGGUUUCAAAAUAUGUAUCAGGCGACCUACAAUCAACAACUUCAUCCCUCCAACAACCUUCCACCCGAGCCCAACAUAUUUCGUGAGGUCGUUAUGACUGAUACGACUGCCUACACUGUCAAUACCGCCCCUGAGUCUGUCGCACCUUCAUCUGGGACUGGGAAAAAGCGGAAAGGCAUGUCAAAUCGAGGUGCAGCGGCAAAGCGGCGAAACACAGAGCAAACUGCUUCAGGGCCCUGCGCUACAGCGCAGCAGCCUGUUCCGGGCUCCUCGAGCACACAGUUACCCAGUCAAGCAGUUUCCGGUGUAGGACUGAACACUGUGCCUGCUUCUACUCAAUCAAACGAUACGAGCGCUGUCCAUCCUUGUCUCGCUCAUGCUUCAGGACCAUCAGCUUAUUCCUGGAAGAUUGCCUUGGACAAAAUUCACAAAAACAACAUGACACUUGCAACCGACAUCUGGUACUUCACGCAAGGCCUUAAAUCCAAUAUUCGUCCAGAAACCAUGCCGGAAAAGGAGACACUCACUGAAGAAAGACCAAGUCCGAAGCAGUACUCUCAUCUAGGAUGCAUUUUAUGCACAUAA